AAUAUCAAACUUUUAAAAUCUUGUAUUUUUAAACUGAUUUUGUUUCAUUCCUCCACACAUAUAUAAGGAUAAUAGUCAUUUGGUUCACAAGGCAUUAUCUCCAACCCUAUUCUCUCCGCUGCUCAGGCCAGGACCUAGAAUUCUUCUUCCAGAACAAGGAAAAGAACAAGCAAACAGGAUGGGUCGUGGAGUUAGCAGCGGUGGCGGUCAGAGUUCUUUGGGCUACCUAUUUGGAAGCGGAGAGCCUGCCAACAAUAAUCCCCAGAAAUCUGCCAAAAGCGAGGGAAACGCUGUGAGCUCCUCAGAAAAUGCUCCAGCUCCAGCUCCAUUAGAAAAUGCUCCAACUCCAGCUCCACUUGAAAAUGCUCCAACUCCAGCUCCUGAAGCAGUUGAUGGCCGCACUCCAGCAGGCAACCCAGGGAGCCUGACCAACAACUACUUUCGCGCUGAUGGACAGAACUGUGGCAACUUCAUCACUGAUCGGCCGUCGACCAAGGUUCACUCUGCUCCUGGUGGCGGUUCAUCACUCAAUUACCUCUUUGGCGGUAGUGGGAACUGAACCUUUGAAGUUCUUAGCCGGCUAGCUGCUUUUAACUGAAGUAUUGCAGCAUGUAAGUUGUGGUUUAUAAAGUCUUUCGCCAUGCGAGGAACAAGUCGACAAAUUUGAUGAGCUUAUUCAUCUUAUUUGUGUAUGAUACCACACAAUGAUUCCCUUCUUUAAUUGAAGUAUUUGAGAAAAAUCUUGUCUUGUCAAGAUCAAUUAGGGAAAAAAUUUGUUCCUACA